AUGGCAGACAUCACAAAUCGUGCCCACAAUGUCACGACUGGAUGUGAAAGGCGUGAACUGCAACCUAUUGAUGAACUUCGUUUACUCGAUACUCGGGCAAAUCUAGAAAAUCGGUUUUUUAGUGUCGGUGAAAGUAGUGCACCCACCGUGACCAUCCCAGACCCAACAUCAAACUCAAGCGGCAUGCCCAAUAGAUUCUUUUGUGUUGGCGAGAGCAGUACAACCAAUGCACGUAUAACAUACCCUACUUCAGACGAUGUGGAAUUGCCGCGUUUUGUUGAGGCGGAAAAUGAAAUACGCAUGCCUGGCAUAUUAUUCAAUGUCGGUGAAAGUCGUGCAAUCGACACCAACAACAUAUCAAACCCCAUUUCUGAUGAUAUAAGGGUCUGGAAAGUAGGGAGAACUGGUUAUAGAAAUUGUGCAAGAAAUUACCAAGAGAGUCAAGGGGUUCCUAUAUUCAGUUUGCCACCCAUGAAAACAUGUCCGCAUUGCCAAGCACGACUUUUCCAUUGUGAAUCUCCUGAACUAUGUUGCUUAAGUGGGAAGGUCAACUUACCUGAUUUUCCAUUAUCCUCUGAUAUGCUUGAUUUAUAUUCUGAUCAAUCGGAAUAUGGGGCUCAUUUUAGGCAAAACAUUCGUAAGUACAACCAUGUCUUUUCAUUCACUUCAAUGGGAGUUCAUUUAGAUGACGAACUAGCAAAUGCACGUCAUGGCGUUUACACAUUCCGUGCACAAGGUUCAAUUUACCAUCGUAUUGGAGCAGAGAAUUCAUCAUUACGCCUCGAUGUCAUCGACAGAAUCAAGAAUAUUUUGAAUGCUCACAAUCCUUUUGUCCACAAUCUCCGUCAUCUUGCUCAGCGUAGUGACUUAAGUGAUUGCAAAUUUGUCAUCAAAGAGCAACCUACAAAUAAACAUCAAUACUCGAUGCCGACAGCUUCGCAAGUAGCAGCAGUUGUCGUUGGAGGUGAUGACAUUUCCAACUUGAAGGAUAGGGACAUCAUGGUAGAGUCAGUAACUGGGCAACUAAGUUAUAUCAAAGACACUGCCGGUUAUUAUGACCCACUGCAGUAUCCUCUAUUGUUCCCUUAUGGUUCUUACGGCUGGGAUUUAAACAGUCGAAGUUCCACUGGUAAGAAGUUGACAUGCCGGGAAUUCUAUGCAUACAUGUUUCAGAUGCGACAACAUCUUGAUUCUCUAAUCUUAAGAGGCGGUCGUCUACUGCAACAAUUUGUUGUCGAUAACUGUGUCAAAAUGCAAGCCAAUAACUUGAGGUGGAUUGCACUCAACCAAGAUAAGAUACGUGCUGAUUUGUACAAGGGUUUAGAGGAUUCUUUACAUGCUGGAGAGCAUAACACAGAAAAUGUUGGACGACGGACCAUACUACCAUCUUCAUUUGUUGGAAGUCCAAGAGAUAUGCACCAGAGGUAUCAAGAUGCCAUGGCAUUGGUUCAUAAGUUCGAGAUACAAUCAGAAUUGUUGGCCGGACAAGUUCCAAACGAUCGUCCAGAUCUGCUGACACGAGUUUUUCAUGCUAAACUUGAAGAGUUGAAAAAGGAUGUUCUCGAAAGGGGCGUCCUCGGAACGGUUGUUGCUUAUGUAUAUGUGAUUGAAUUCCAAAAGAGGGGUCUUCCACAUGUUCAUAUGUUAUUAAUUCUUGAUCAAAAUGACAAGCUAACCACUCCGGAUGACUUUGAUAAGAUUGUGAGAGCAGUGAUUCCUGAUGAACAACAAGAACCAAAAUUGUAUAAGGCAGUUCUUAAACACAUGAUUCAUGGCCCAUGUGGUGUUCUCAACCACAAAUCCCCGUGUAUGAAACAAGGAAGUUGUAAGAAAGGAUUCCCUAAGGAAUUCUCCAAUGAUACAAAGCAAGGCAAUGACUCAUAUCCUCUUUACCGUCGUCCACAAGAUCGUCCAGCAGUACCGUUGCGUGAGAAUUCACGAGUUCGUGUAGAUAAUCGGUGGGUAGUCCCAUAUAAUCCUUUUUUGCUCUUAAAGUACGAUUGUCACAUCAAUAUUGAGAUAUGCAGCAGCAUCAAGUGUGUCAAAUAUCUGUAUAAGUACAUCCAUAAGGGUUCAGAUAGAGUUUCAAUGGAAGUUCAUAACGGAGAUGAGAUUGCACAAUAUGUUGAUGCACGGUGGAUUUGUAUUGUGCAAUCUCAUCUCCGUUAUGAACUUCCAUUGAAACUCUAUCUGAACCCUUAUGGAUGUACUUAUACAGAUAUUUGA